UUCGUUCAUUUGUUAAUUUAUCUCUCCGUUCACCUUUCAAUGAGUGUUCCUUUGUUAUUUCAGGCAAUUUGUUGUGCAAUUCUUUUCUUGGCUGGUAAAGUUGAUCUCGCAGCAAUAUGUUCAGAACCAGCAAACCUUGCGGAGCAAUACGCUCAAUACAUGGCUAAAGAAACGGAAUCAAGCGUCAAGGAAUACCUAGACUCAUUUCCAACCAACAACACCCUUCCUGAUGAGGAGGAACAACUCAUCUACGGUGACAAAACCUGUCCCGCUAGUCUCCAAUCCAUCACAACUGACCCUAACAGUAAAGUUUUCGAGAGAACAACUUGUCCCUUUUUUCUCGUAGCUUCUCAUCUAUCCACUCGGUACCCAAAGAUUAUAAACGAGGCUCGCUGCAAGUGUCAAGCCUGUCUGGAAGAAAAAGGUCACAGCACCAUUACCGGAUGUGAACCCGUGUAUCGGCCAGUCAGAGUCCUUUUGAGGACCGGAAGCUGUGUUAAUGGGGUGUACCAAUAUUCAUCAGCCAUGUAUAUGAAGCAAGAAGGAUGUACAUGUGCCAAAAAGAGGGAAGCUCUCUCAGUCCCAGUGUCCAACACGAGUUCUAAUGACGAUCCCAUUACUAUGUAACGUAGAGGAUAAUGUCUACCCCAGUCUUUCAAAGAAAGUCUCUGACGAUGAUAUUCAAUGUUGUGUGAAUGUGUAUGCAUGUAAUAUCGGUGGCAUUUUUGUAUGCAUACUUACUUCUUACGCAUUUGACCAGUUUCCGUCUCCACGAUAACAUAUAUUUUGUAGGGUUUUCUUAAUACUACAUAGUAGACAUCAUUCUGUUUCUCCAUAUAAUUUUUCCCAGUAAAAUAAAGUUAAUAAUUUUAGAGUAAUUUGAAUUUUGUUCUUGGCAAUUGAAAAAAAGACGUCAAUUUUGUAUUUGCGAUAGAUAUUUGGUAAUGCUACCUUGCUAAGUAAAUUGCUAAAGAUACUAGUAUUAGGCUGAUCUUCCUCGAUUUACGACAAGAUGUUUACAUUAGUAAGUAGGCAGGUGAUGUCCCAUCUUGUCAGUUGGCGGUACAUGUACAUAAGUUUUUAUUAACUAUGGUUAGUUUUCUUAUGAUGUAAUUUUACUAUUAAUGAUUGAGUACAUGAACAGUUUUACAUUUAUUUGUACGUGUUUGUAUCAUCAAUUUCUAUUAUGACUCAGGGACACUUCCUUGUCAUCCGUAUUGUAUUUUUAACGCGGGUGCAUAAUGUAAAAAUGUAUGCUUUUUCUUGUCAAACAUUUUUUUUUUUACUGAAACGGUGCUUUUUGGCAUAAUAUUGUCCCUAUUCUAUUUAAUCUAACUGUAUAUGUCUUUGUUUAUUGUCAUUUAUUGAACUCGUAUUUGAAUAAAUCACCAUUCUUAGUUUUUAAGGUCGUUGUUACUGUUAUGAUUUCACAGGGCUGACAAACAAACAAAGUAAAUUUCAA